AAGUUACUAGAUGUAAAUAUCACCAAAUUCAUUGGAUUUGUUCAUCUUCUUCACCAUCAUUUAUCCCGCUUUCAUAGACUUGAAAACAGUAAUUUUAUUGUAUUGGUUCAGUUUCAUUCAAUUCUCCAUAAAUUUGGGAAUAGUCGUUUUUUGGGUCGGUUUAUAACAGAUUACCGCUUUCAUAGACUUGAAAACAGUAAAUUUAUUGGAUUGAUUCAGUUUUAUUUUAUUCUCCAUAGAUUUGGGAAACAGUCAUUUUUUGGGACAGAUUAGCGGGUAUUUCUUGAAUUUCCUUCAAAGGAAAAACAUUUGGUGCUUAAUUUUGAAAAAAAUUGAAAAAUCCAUCUCAAAAGGAGUAUAGGGAUUGUUGAGAAAUUCCAAUCAGAGCUUGGAAAGAUCGAUGAAAAUUUUAAUUUCCAAUAAAUAUAACUAAUUACGAUACAAAAUCUAUGAUAGUCAGCGUCACAUAUUCUACUAUUUCUUCAUCCUGAGAGGUUGUGGAGUAUUUUGUUCAAAAAAGUAAAAAAUAUUUUGAAAAGGUGAAGGGAGAAGAAGGGUUGCAAUCUUGUACUCCAAGGAAAGUUUUGUGAACUAGGAAUUUUGGAGAGAAAUUGAACAAAAUAAUAUAUUUUUCCAGUAGGGUUGUGAUAUGAGUGAAUAUAGAAUAUUUCAUGAAGAGAAAAUUAUUAAGUUCUUGUAUUGUGAUUCAAGUAAUAUUUUCACAAUUGCAUGAUCAUCGGUGAUUGCUCGACACAGGAGAUAUCUGUAUAUAUCCAACUUACCUAUUCUCCAUAGUCGAAUUAUUUUCACCACUUUGUCUUGACAUUUAAAUUCCAUCAAUUAUCAAUAGAUUUUUUUUAUAAUUAUUUCAAAAAAUAACUUUUCUCUAACAUCUCAACAAAAAUAUGUUGGGAAUGUGAGAUUGAAAUUGAUAACGACUCUAAUUUGAGAAGUAAUUGCAAGGUAGAUUCUCUGGUGACAACACUUGACAUUUUCUUGCGAUAAUCUUCAACAAUUAAUCUUCCUAUUGAUGAAUAUAGAAUCCCAACAUUGAUUCAAAUCUUUGUUUGAAUGUUACCUCUAAGUUAUAAAAGCCAAUACAAAAUUUACCAUCGAUUCAGGAUCUAACAUUCUCAAUACUGUACAAUAAAUUUUUAACUAUAACUCAACUUGAUAAGUAAAUAUACAUCAAUGGUGAAAGCUACUUGAACAAAUUAAACUUCAUCAUAUCAAAUAGAGUUAGAUCAGAAUCAAAAAUUAGUAGUAGACUUAAGUUUGAAAAUUUCAAUUUGGAAAAAAUUAUAAUUAUCUGAGCAUUUCCAAAUAAUAUUAUUUUUCAACGACAGACUGUAAACCUCACGUGAGGUCUCAUGCUUCAGCUUUCAUAAAAUCGUAAAAACUUUUCAACUUUAUCACGCCUGAAGUUUGAAAUAUAGGUUACAGAAAUGGUUAUCUUCUUCACAUUUUUCGUUCUGCUCUUCAUCAAAAUUUUCGCUACUUUAUUUUACAUGCUUUUCUUCGAGAACUGAACUGAACUUUGAUUACUAUUAGUUUCAUACAACUCAUUCACAGAUUCAAUAGCGGAAAUAUUCGGAAAAUUGAAUCUUGUUGGAACUAUACUUUUCAAUUUCAGUUUGUCAAUACAAUUACUCGAAUAGCAGUGAUCUUAUUAGCCUAGUGAUUUCAGUGACCUUUUCCUUAUUGCGUUGGAAUAUACUAUAAGAGAACAACAAUUUCCAAACAGAAAAUAACAGUGUAUCCUACUUGAAAAAUCCUUUAACUUGUUGUAAAUUGGAGGAAAUAGGAAAGAUCGAUUACAAGAUCCACUCAAAUAAUUAUCAACACUCAUUACUAACUCUCAUAGUUUCUUUGUUUCAUAAUCCCUCAAUGUUCAUACUGUUAGAUUAUCUUGGUUUGCAAAUCAUAUAUCUCCCAAAUCUUUGAAUUUCCAAUUCCAGUAAACUCUGUAGAUAAUCAUUACUCUAUAUAAUCAUAAGUGACAUAAUGAUUAGAUUGAUUAUCACACAUAUUUGAAAUGUAAUUUAUUGUUCAACGACAAUUGUUAUGAUACAUGGUUCAAUUAGUAUUCAUUGCCAUAUAGUUUUAUGACUGGAAUAGUAUUCUAGCCAUUGAUUCACUUAGAAUGAUAAUUAUUUCUGUGACUUGAUCUGGAUUAUCUCUUUUAUGUGCAUACGGAGAGUAAGAGAACUACACAUUACUUGAGUGACAAAAAGAAUUAGGUUAAAGAAUAAACACGUUCCUCAACCUACUAGCUACAAUAAUCAUAAUCUCUGAGUUUUCAGAUUUGAACCAUAUCUUGACCAUAGAAUAAAUAUACUAAUGAGACAUAAACUUUUAUCCAGUCUCAAAUAAGUACAUUGAAGUAAUUUUCAAUUUCGUAACAUUGUUAACACAGUACAGCAACAGAAGCACAUCUUGAUACUAACUUACAUUCUAAUAUCAUAUUUGUUACAAGAAAAGCAACUACCAGCAACCUAAGUGGGUCAACUAAAAAAGCACAAAACGUGGUAGCAUAUUGGCUGCAGUCGACUUGUGCAAUUUUCAUUCAAAGUCGAGCAAUCACCGAAUGAAUGCAACCGGCUACCCGAUCACCAAUGAACUUUGAAGAUCACUUUCGCUAAACCAAACUCCAAACCAGUUUCAAGAAGCUCGGUCAGCCAACGUGUAAACUCCAUUAUACAUGGUUUUAGUUUUUGGGUAACUAUGCUUGUGUCACUUGUGUCAUAACUCUUGACCCCGAUUUUAAAAAAAAGUUGCGGCUUCUCUCCCCGAGUUACAUCUUCCUCUAUCAUCUCCCGCUCCUCCUCUCUUACCCUCUCUCACUCAGCGUACAGCGAACUAGCCCGCGAAAGUAGAAGACGGAGAGGAGAGAAAGAGACAAAGAGAGCUGUUCACUCGCCCUUGAUAACAGAUGGCUACCUGUACGGGAUUGUCCUGCUCAAUAUUCCCAAUCCCUGGGAAUGGGACCGAUCCUGAUGAAGUACCAGAAGAAGCUAGACUCAUCGAUUCUUGGUUCCUGAUGAGCAGCCCUUACCCCAUAGCAACAAUAGUGGCCACAUACCUAUAUUUCGUCCUCAAACUGGGACCUCAAUACAUGUCCUUCAGAAAGCCAUACGAUCUCAAAUACAUUAUGAUGGCUUACAAUCUUUUCCAAGUUGUAUAUAACGCAUGGCUCUUCCAGAAGGUUUUCCACACACAAGGAGCUAUCACCUACAUAGUCGAACACACUUGUAUGCCAGCCGAUAAGAGAGAGAACUUCUUCCUGAGAAAUGAACUCUUCCAAGCCGCAUGGUAUUACUUCUUCUCAAAACUAGCUGAUUUACUGGAUACGAUUUUCUUCGUUCUAAGGAAAAAACAAUCACAUGUGUCGUUUCUCCAUGUUUAUCAUCAUAGUAUGAUGUUGGUCUCCACAUGGGCGUAUCUCAAAUACAUCAGAGGAGAACAAGCGGGACUUAUUGGUCUGAUAAACUCUGGAGUUCACGUGGCCAUGUACAGCUAUUACUUCCUGGCCGCUCUUGGGCCGGCCAUCCAGCCUUAUCUGUGGUGGAAGAAAUACAUCACCAAACUGCAACUUGCUCAAUUCAUCUUCAUCAUCUGCCUCUUCACCUGUCUGACAGUUUUCAACUGUGAGAUGCCCAGGAAACUGACCUACUACAUCAUAGCCAACGGUUUCGUUUUCCUCUACCUCUUCACGCAGUUCUACUUCCGGUCCUACUUGAACAAGAAGCAGCACAGCUCGUGAUGACUCAACGUUCAUCCUUCAUUCAUCGACUGAUACAUCAUUCAUUCAUCAGGCUGGUCAAUCGGAGCCGAUCCAGCUCAAGAUAGAUGGAUGGAUUCAUCUACCGACCAGCUUUAUGUAGUUCAAUGAGAGUGAACUAGAAACAGAUUGAAAUCAUUAAAAUGAACAAAUUUUAAGUUGAUUUUCAAAUUACUUAGCCAAGUGUAUUUUAGCUGGGCUGUACCAAUCGAGAUCAACAAGUCCAUCCAAUCAGCUGAUGAUAAACCAUGUAACAGAGAAAAUAAUUGGCUCAUCUGUUCUAAAAACUCUGUUUCUUUGUUGCAGAAACUGUUUCUCUGUUUUAGAAACACUGUUUCUCUGCUUCAGAGACUUUGGUUUAGGAAUUUGGUUAAUUUUUUCCAGAAAUGUUGUUUCUCUGUUCCAAUAACUUUGUUCCUUUGUUUCCCUCUAAUACAGUUUGUUUCUCUUUUCCAUGGAACUGUUUCUCUGUUUUGGAAACACUGUUUCUUUGCCUCAGAGACUUUGGUUUAGAAACUUGAUUUCUUUGUUUCAGUUACUCUGUUUCUCUGUUCCAAUUCUGUUUCCGACCUUCCUUUGUUUCAAAGAUGAUUUCGCUUGGCCCAAUCCAGAAUAAAAAAUACAGGACUGUAUUAAUGAAUAACUCUUAAAGACUUUCUUAGCCAAGCACAGUCCAAUUGCAUAACAAUCAAUAACAUGAGCACUGUGAUUAGAACCUGAUUAUAAAAAUUCUGGUAGCUGGUUGCUAGGCAACCAAAGCUUGCUUGGCUAAGAAGGUUCUUCAGUAUAAUUUAUAAAUACGGCAUAAUAUAGAGAGUUCAUAGAUACGGUAGUUAGUUUUAACGUUAUGCCAGUGUAAUUCAUGUAGGUCUACCUACAGUAACUAUAUAACCUGGUUGCAUAGUAACUUAAGGUUUACCUAAGGGUCUGUUUCUAUUGCCACCAAUUCAUACCACACCAUGUUACAAUUUUAUUAUCCUAUUUGAUGUUCUCAUACUUUCAUCUUUCUUGCAACUAAUUUUUUAAUAUGAUUGUGGUAAUAGGAACUGCCCCUUAUUAGCACCCUCAACCAGUAGCGUAGUAUUUUAUAUACUCAUUUAUUGAAGUAGAGCUACUAAAUAUUAUGAUGUUACCAUUACAACAAAUGUAUACCGAGAAAUAGUCGCGAUCGAUCUGUUUUAAAAGCUAGGCAUUGGGAAAAGUUUACACGUUGAGAGAUUUGUUGUAAUAGGAACAGGACUCUAAGCUGUUCACAUUAUUCUUAUAAUAAUAUUUGAAUGAAUGAGUUUCUUGUACAUAUUGUUAUUCUUGUACUAUACUGUACUGUGUGGAUGGUUAGAUCACCUCAUUCAUCAUAAUAUUAUUUGUGAUAAUUUGUAUCAUAUUUAAGUUUAAUUUGAAUUCUAACUCAGUUUGAUGAAGUCUUCAGUAGACAGGACUUGGCCAUUACAAUAGACUCCUUUCACUAGGAGCUCCUCUAUUCAUUUCGAUUGAGUUUCUUUCAUUGUACUUCUAGAGACUCAAUAGGCUCCCGGGAAUGAAUUCAAAAUAUCUGCAAAUAAUAAUCACAAAUAUUCCUUCUUUAACGGAAGUCUCAUAGAUUGAAUACAAUAAAAGGUGAUUCAUUCUAUACGUCUGCAAUGUUCUAGAAAUUUGCAAGCUGAAACCAGUUGAAGAUAAUUUUUCUAAGAAACUGUGUUUCA